GGAGUUUUUUUUUCUGCUAAUUUUUUGUUUGAAUUGGAGCGAAACAAAUUCGCGCGCGUAAAUUCUAUUUUAUGCGCUAUCGAGAGUGAAACUAAGCUGUUUUGAGGUUGAACAUGCCAUCGGCUCAAGAUCCGUUCUAUGUUGUAAAAGACGAGAUUCAAGAAUCUAUUGAUAAAGUGCAAUCCAGCUUUCACCAAUGGGAAAGGAUAUCUUCUGAUCCAGGAGAGAGAGCACAACAAACAAAAGAGUUGCUCGCUUCCUGUGAGAGUAUUGAAUGGCAGGUGGACGAAUUGGACAAAGCUAUUGCUGUGGCAGCUAGAGAUCCUUCUUGGUAUGGCAUUGAUCAUGCUGAACUUGAGAAACGAAGGAGGUGGACGAGUACAGCUAGGAUGCAGGUUGGAAAUGUUAAGAAAGUAGUAGGAGCUGGAAAGGAGCAAACUGGAACUGCUAGUGCAAGUGGGAUGCGUCGAGAAUUGAUGAGACUACCCAAUGCACUUGAAACAGAAAAAUCAAACUUAUAUACAGCCCACCAAGAAAAUGAUGACUUCGUCUCAUCCGAAUCAGAUAGACAGCUGCUUCUAAUAAGGCAGCAGGACGAGGAGUUGGAUGAAUUGAGUGCGAGUGUGGUGAGAAUUGGAGGUGUUGGGCUCACAAUACAUGAAGAGCUCCUUGCACAGGAUAAAAUUAUUGACAACCUAGGAAUGGAAAUGGACAGUACAUCGAAUCGUCUUGAUUUUGUUCAGAAAAAAGUAGCUGUGGUGAUGAAGAAGGCCAGCGCCAAGGGGCAGAUAAUGAUGAUAUUAUUCUUGGUAGCUUUGUUCAUCAUCCUUUUUGUGUUGGUGUUCCUCACCUAGUUUUUGUUCAUCAUAAUUCACACGAGGCAUCAUCCAGCCUUUAUCUUUGUUUUGAAGUUUCUUUGAUAGAGUUGGUAUACCUUAAUUUCUUGUAAUUAUAAAUCUCUACAGGUUUAUGAUAGAUUCAACCAUUGCUGUUUCUAAGCGAGAGCAACAUGCUUUGUGGAUUGAU